UUGAUUUUCAUUUACGUGACUUUAUUGUGUUUCCGGUAAAGAAAUAAAAUGUGAUGGCGGGACAGCCAAAAUCUGAAAGUUUUGGAAACAGAUAUUUGUGGCAGCUUAUUAAUGGAACAGGAUUUCUAAGACCAAAUGAGUAUGUGAAAAGAGAAUUAAAAAAGAAUGAAGACAAAAUAUCUAAAGGACUGCUGUUCUUCAGAAAGCCAGUAACUGUAGCUGGAGAUGUUUUGAAAGAGAAGAAGCUGUCAAAAGUUCAUCAUGAUUUUCUCAUAAAGCUUAGCAGUUUUCUGGGACUAGAUGAAGAGGGGAGUUAUGAAUUGUUUAAUUCGUUUUUAGCCAGUGAUUACAGAGGAUCACAGAAGAAUCUUCAGUCUUUACUUAGUAAUGAUAGACAUUGUCAGAGUUUGAUUUACAAAGUGAGAGACUACUACUUUACAGAGAGAUUAUAUCUUCUACAGUGUAUAAAAGUGGUCAUCAAUUUUUGGCAGGAUGAUGCACAUCCUUAUAAGGAUGAAUUCCAACAGAUUAUGGAAGUUCUCAAUACUGAUGGUCUGCUUUUUAAAAAGAUUGACGAGCAGCUGAAAUGGGUACUUGAUGAAAAUCUACCUACUUGGGAAACACACAGUGUUCUUAUGACUGACAGACAAGCACUUAUAUGGGCACAUCAGAAUCUCAAAGAACAGAGUGAAUUAUUGGAAAUAUUCUUAAUUUACUUAAAAGACUUUGAGAUCAGUGUGGAUCAGUUGAUAGAGUUAAUAGAAACAUUCAGAAGACAUGGAUUUGGCAGACGACAGAGUUAUAAACACAUCUUACGAGAAACAGCAGAGCAGUUUAUUAGAAAAAUUGGAUACCUAGAAGUGUUGAUUUUAUUAGAAGCAGUAGAUUUGGAAACCUUGCAUGUCUGUAACCAACUUGGAAGUUUUGAUGACCAUUUUAUUCUAAAAGAUGAAGACUUGUACAAGAAAGUAGAUAAGAUAGUGACAUCAAUGGGAUCAGAGCCUUGCCAUGGUCCUAUACUGCUGUGCUGGGCUACAAUAAGACUUUUGUACGGGGACAAGUCAGACCUGAACAUAACUAGAAAGCUUGGUAAUCUAGCCAUACAGCUUAGAGUGUUUGAUGUGCUUUUUAACUUACUCAACACAGAACCAUUUAAUGGUAAAACUACAUAUGUGUGUUCUGUUGCUCAGUUUGUGUUGUAUAACUUAUUUGUUAAUGUUAUGUCUGCAUUUGAGGAGUCAACAUUAGGCAGGGACAGAGAAAUUGAGAUGUUACACAAAGAUCUCUGCCAGAUUCUAAAGUUGGAAUACUGUGUUGAAGAUUUCUGGCAGAAGGGUUUAGAUGAAGGUUUGGGGACUGUAUUCCAGUCAGCAAAACUCCGAUUUCCAUUGGAUUUCACAACAAUGCUAAUGUUUAGCACUUCCUUGUCCGAGGCAAAUGAAGGCAGUGCAAAGAGGAUUUAUGAAACCUGGAAGAACCUAUUAAGAUACACAGAACCUCUUGACAGGAACUAUGCAGCUGACCUCAUGGCUACUAAAGAUCCAGCAAUCUGGAAACUAGCAAGGAACAAAUUUCCUUUUUCUGGGAAAGAUUUCAAAAUUGAUGCAGGAACCUACGGACAGAUAUUACAAGACAGUGGUAAACCAGAAGAAGGACCAAUUAUACAGUGGGAGGUUACAUACAAUGGCUGGGAAUUGUUAAUAUGUGAAAUAGAGGAUCUGUUAAAUCAAGCUUCCAAUGGCACUGGCAAUGUACCUCUGAGCCUUGUGUCUAAAGUAACACUGAUCACACAGUUUGUGAAAGCUAUGAUCAGUUCAUACCCAGCUGUUAUAGAUGAACUGAUGCCAAUUACAGAAUGUUUGUAUCAGGUUAUACACAGAUUUUCACGAUUUACUCCUGUACCAUUGGAUUUGAUAUCAUCCUGUAUAGAUUGUCUGAAGUGUGUUGCUAAGAUACAUCCCAAACAAGUAUGGCACAGUAUGAAACAGACAGGAUUAUUGCCUUAUCUCACAGGAAAUGUAGACAACUUUGAUGAAGUCGUAAGUGGCCAAGAAGUCAGUGCUGGGUCUUAUGGUCUGUUGUUAGCUGGGACUGAAUUAAUACAAGGUCACUACCCUGUUACAUGCUCUUUACUUGAUCUCAUGUCAAACUUGAUUCAGCCUUUCUUUGAACAUGAAAUAGAGAGUGAACUAAUGGCUCCCGUACUUUACAUUCUGAGAGAAGUUUUCCCUGUGUUCCAGAAAUGGAGAUAUGUAGUACCAACCAAAAGAGAACAAAUAGGUCAUAGUUGUUUGGGGAUUUUCCACAAGAUUUUGACAUUUCUGACAAAAAAACAAAAAACAGUUCUAAAAAGACCUCAAUUACAACAAGUUUGUGUGUACAGUCUACUUUUUACUGAAGCUGGGAGAGCUUUAUUGGAGAUUAUUGGCACUGGUUCUGAUACGGUAGAAUAUGCACUAGCACAGCAGGGGAGCAUUAUUAAUGAAGGUACGGGAACAGAAAUCAUUAAAUUGAUACAAAUGUCAUUCUCUGUCCUUAAUCGCCUUCUGCUUCUUAAGUCACCAAACCUGCUUGUUUCACCAAUGGAAAAUGCUCUUUCAUCACAGCCUGCAGGGAGGCAGACACAACACAUAGUAGCUACAAUAGCUCAGUACAUAUAUCAUAGACAUAAUCCUAGGCUACCAACUCUGGCUUGUCUAUUGUUGAAGAGAUUGGCUAUGGUCUCCAGAAUGUCUAUAUUAGCCUGUCUAGGAGGAGAAGCUGAAGCCAUCAGAGACAUGUAUCUCACCAGACUACAAGCUGUAACUGAGGAUUUGCGAUUAAAGGUUGUCAUACUAGAGUUACUGUCAGUAUGUGUAGAGGAACAGCCAGGACUUAUAGAAAUGUUUUUAAAUGUACAACCUAGUACACAAGCAUCAAACACACUUGGUUCAGAUUCUAAAACAAAGAAAAAGGAUUUGUCAUUAGGCAAGACUAGUUGUUUACUGACAGUUCAUAAUUUGAUGGAAGCAAAAAAACAGGGGAAAUAUUAUUGUCCACCAGAUUUGCUGUGUGCCUGUUUAGAUUUUAUACAUUCAUUAUGGGCUGGUAUGAGAGAAACAGCAAUGGCAGUUCUCAGAGAAAGAGAGACAUUUUGGUUGAGUGUUUGUGCUCCACUGACCAGGGAUAUACCCAAUGGCAGUGAAUACCAGCCUGUUUUACCGUACCAAAUAAAGACCAUAUCAUUUGUGAUGAAAGUUUUGGCACAGGAACUUUAUUCUGUUACAAGUUCUAAGUUAGAUGUGAGACUGAAGAAAGUUCUCAAAGAUGUCAGCCAAGCAGACAGGUUUAAAUAUUGGUCAGAGUACCUGAAGGACUGUCUGAUAACAGAAAGUGAAAGAGAGACCAAAGAAGAAAAUUUAUCUGAGAGUCCUACUUUACAACUGCUAAUGGGAUGGAAAAAUUUCCUGAUCACUGUCAGCAAGUGUAAUAUCCCAGAGGUUCAGCUUACCCCAGGAAUUAAAGAGCUCAUAAUUGUUGAUUUGUUGGAGGGACUUCAAGCUUUGGUGGCAGAAUCAUACACAGAAUUGAAAAUAAAACUGUCACAGAAUAUCAGUGCAUUGAUAUUUACAUUGAUCAAGUUAUGGACAAGUUGUUUAACAAACAGGAUGAGAAUGAUUAAAGAAUUGGAGUCUGUAAUCACACAGAUGUUAUCAAACAGUAAAACAUUAAUACCAACUAUACAACUCGGAAUUCUGGGAGCAAUUACUGCCAUACUUCAGUAUAACAGAGAUAAUAAAACUAUUAAUUUAGGUGAGAAUUCAGCUGUUGCUGUUGCAAUAUUGCCUUCAAUGUGUACAUUGUUACUACAGAGCUGUCGGGAACUUCCGCCACCAGGGGAUCUCACAAACAAAUCUGAUGACAAAGAAAACAUGUCUGAUGUUAGAAUCAAGCUUCAGAUAGUGGCCUGUUGUUUGAUACAAGAGAUCCUACUACAGUGUCAGAGAUCUGAGAUAUGGUUACCAAUUAUCCAAGAACACAUGGUGCUAUCUACACUUCUUUCAUCAAUGGAAAUGUACAUCAAGGCUAGACAGGCUCUGAGUUAUGUCCAUGCAGCUUUUCUUUUACUUCUCACCAUUGCAAAAAAUGAAAAGGGGGCAGAGUCAGUUGUGAUGAGUGGUCUUGUUCAGCAUACAUGUCUGUCAGUAAUGCUUCUCUACCAGAAAGAAACUGAAUUUUUCCCGAAAACUUUGUCUGUAGGCAAGCCUAAAGAGUCUAUGGCUGGUACAGAGGAUAAAAGUCAAUGGCAUACUGUAUUAUGUAUCUGUCUAGAUCUGUAUGCCACCAUACUAGGGUUAUUGAAGUAUUCCUUCCUUGAAGAUUCACUCAAUUUUGUGGGUGCUCAUCAAGACAGAAUGCAAGAGUGUUUAGAGAGGUCUAGAAUUACAAUGACAGAUGCAGCCAUGUUAGAAGCAGAGAAAACUUGUGCCUUUAUCAAUCUGUUAUCUAAAUUCAACAGAGAAUGGAGGCUUCAUCUAGGAGAAUCACUUGUGAAAUUACAGACAAGUAUGAUGUAUAUGACCCAAACAUUUAUUGCUUUUCUUAUGAGACCAAGAUAUCUUCAACAAGUAUUAGAGCAACAGAAUGGUCAGACCAGUCGUCCAAGAUUUACUGCCUCACCAGUGUUACAACAACAAAGCUCAACAGAAGAUAUAGAUAAACCAUCAAAACAACUUGUACAUAUACAGCACAGAAUGUUAGAUGUUCUUUCCCAUAGUUUGUCAUCAUUGAAGAAGUUCACACCAGAUUUAUGUGAAAUUUUACAUGAACAGAAUAUGGAUUAUAGUGAGUUUGAUCCUUUCCUUGCCUUAGCAUUUAGUGGUCCAUCACCUGACCAGGAUAGUAUACCAUCAUUUGGUACAUUGACAUCAUGUAUUAGAGAUGUUUGCGUCAAGCUGUUAAUGAAGCAGGAAGUGAGGUCACCUCACAAGAAUUCCAACUCAGAAGAAGGCAGUCCUGAGAUAAUCCCAAAAAAUUUGAUACAUUAUGUAAUGGAGAAUGCAUUAUACAUAGUCAUGUCACAAGCCACCAGAUAUCUAAGAGAUCCUCACCUACCUUCCAGUGAGAAACAACUGUUAAAAAGGGAGCUUGGAACAGAAAUGAAUUACUUUUUGAUGGAACUUCAGAGAUACUUAAGAAGGGGCACACCAAGUUCCCCUAGUGCUGCCAAAAGUCCAAGACCUGCUCUUUCUACCACUACACCUAUGUUAGGACGAUCAUUAUCUCAAUCAAGCUUUGCUUCUACUCCAGAGACAGAAUUUUUCAAAUUUGUACAGGAAUUUGUAUUACAAGUUCUGAAAUGAUGUAUUAUAAACAGUUCAUUUGACAAUAAAACAUUUUUUAAUUAA